AUGGCAGGCAGUAAGUUGGUUCUGGAAGGCAGAGUGAGUCUAAAGAGCUUCGCUUUGGGGCUCAGCGUGCUGCUGAUCCCGCUCAUCCGGACCUGGUUCGGACACCUGGACUGGGUCUUCGAUUAUCUGACAGAAACCUCCGGGAAAAUAGCCAUUUGUGUCCAUAUAGCGGCCAUUAACGGCCUCUUGCUGCUGGUGUACAGAGGACCUCUUUACAAGGUGGCGGUGAGGGCCUGUUUCCUGGGGGCUACUUUCGGCUGUGGGUUGAUCAUCAGCUUCUCUGAGACCACCUGGACGCAUUUUGGCUGGUACAUGUGCUCUCUGUCGUUCUUCCACUACUCUGAGUUCCUGGUGACGGCGGUGAUAAACCCGGGGAGUCUCUCUCUGGACUCGUUCCUGCUGAACCACAGCGCCGAGUACACGGCGGCCGCCGCCGCCUCCUGGCUGGAGUUCAGCCUGGAGAAGCUGGCUCUGCCCGGAUGUGGCUCAGUCUGA